AUUCAAGCCCAAGCCCGUGUUUGCCCUUGGGUGAUUGUUCUUCCGAUUUUCUGAGCUUACAACUUCGACUUCUUACACCAUCAGCGUCAGCCCGACAUAUUGCACACUGUGAAACAUAUGGGAUCAAUGGCGACCUCCAGCUAUGCUCUCUCCCAGGCUCAUAAGGACAUGCUCGAAAGGUCCUUGGUCGAGUCUGACCCCGAGAUUGCAGAGAUCAUGAAAAAAGAGAUCAAACGCCAACGCGAGUCCAUCAUCCUCAUCGCUUCCGAAAAUGUGACCUCCCGCGCUGUCUUCGAUGCCCUUGGCUCUCCCAUGUCAAACAAGUACUCCGAAGGGUACCCUGGAGCAAGAUACUACGGAGGCAACCAACAUAUUGAUGCGGUGGAACUCACAUGUCAGGCAAGAGCGUUGAAAGCGUUCAACCUCGACCCGGAGAAGUGGGGUGUCAAUGUCCAGCCUUUGAGCGGGAGUCCAGCAAACCUGCAGGUUUACCAGGCCAUUAUGAGACCACAUGACAGGUUGAUGGGCUUGGACUUGCCUCACGGAGGACAUUUGAGUCACGGAUACCAGACGCCGUCGAAGAAGAUCUCCGCUGUGUCGACCUACUUCGAGACCUUCCCCUACCGAGUUAACCUCGAGACCGGCAUCAUUGACUAUGACCGACUUGAAGAGAAUGCUCAGCUAUACCGACCGAAGUGCAUCGUGGCUGGAACAUCCGCAUACUGCCGAUUGAUCGACUAUGCCCGUAUGCGUCAGAUCGCAGACAAGGUCGGAGCCUAUCUGAUCGUCGACAUGGCUCAUAUCUCCGGUCUCAUUGCCGCCGGUGUCAUCCCUUCACCUUUCGAGCACGCCGACGUCGUCACCACAACCACCCACAAAUCCCUCCGUGGUCCUCGUGGAGCCAUGAUCUUCUUCCGUAAGGGUGUCCGCAGCACCGACCCCAAGACUGGCAAGCAGCUCCUGUAUGACCUCGAGGGACCCAUCAAUUUCUCCGUCUUCCCCGGCCAUCAAGGUGGCCCGCACAACCACACCAUCACUGCCCUAGCUGUCGCCUUGAAACAAGCUGCGACACCCGAGUUCCGAGCAUACCAGGAACAAGUGGUGAAGAACGCUAAGGCUCUUGAAAUCGAGUUCAAGAACCUCGGAUACAAGCUGGUCGCGGACGGCACAGACUCACACAUGGUUUUGCUUGACCUGCGUCCCCAGAGUUUGGACGGUGCUCGCGUCGAGGCGGUCCUGGAGCAGAUCAACAUCGCGUGCAACAAGAACAGUAUCCCAGGCGACAAAUCAGCCCUCACGCCCUGCGGUAUUCGCAUUGGCACGCCGGCAAUGACUUCCCGUGGAUUCGGCGAGGAAGACUUCAAGCGCGUUGCAGGAUAUAUCGACCAGAGCAUCAAGCUGUGCAAGAAGGUCCAGGGGGAUUUGCCAAAGGAAGCUAACAAGCUGAAGGACUUCAAGGCUGCUGUGGCGAAUGACAGUGUCCCUGAGAUCUUGAAGCUCAGGCAAGAGAUUGCAGACUGGGCUUCGUCUUUCCCUCUGCCAGUGUAAACAUUUAGCCGGAUUGAUUCUGGUGACCUGGUGAAAUGGCGUCUGGAGGGAUGGGCGGAUGCGGUGGAAUAUUUUCAACGGCUAGGCUUUCUUGGGGGCUGAGGACAAACAGCAUAUCUUCAACGAUACCCAUACCCGAGUUCGGGAGAAGUCGCGACUGAUAAUGUCGUGCAAUACGAAUUUCUUGCUCC